AUGGCACUAAUUGUGGAACCUACAAGUGGAAAGGGAGGGAAUGAAUGGGAUGAUGGAUCAGAUUAUGAAAAUGUAACAAAGAUACAUGUACGAGGUGGUCUUGAAGGCAUUCAAUUCAUCAAGUUUGAGUAUGUGAAGGAUGGAAAAAUGAUUGUUGGACAAAUCCAUGGUGUCUCUGGUCGUGGUAUGACACAAACGCUUGAGAUUAAUCAUUCCGACAAGGAAUAUCUGUUAUCUGUUGAGGGUCAAUACGACGAAUCCACCGGUGUUAUUCAGUCAAUCCAGUUUACAACUAACAAGAACAUUUCUGAUAUAUUGGGGUUAUAUGACGGUACCAAGUUUUCCUUGAAGGAAACUGGAAAAAAGAUUAUUGGAUUUCAUGGAUUUUCUGAGAAGCAUCUGAACUCUCUUGGAGCAUAUUUCAUCAAGCAUCCUCCAAUUAAAUCGAAAACUGAAGGUGCCGAAAACACAGGAAUUGUUUUUGAUGAUGGUGGUGACUAUGACGGCGUACGAAAAGUAUACGUCAGAUAUGAUAACACUGUAAUUAGGCAGAUCAAGUUUGACUAUGACAAAGCCGGUAAAGUUGAAUAUGGUCGUGGACAUGGGGAGGACACCGGAAAACAUUAUGAGUUUAAUGUCGAUUACCCAUCUGAGUAUCUCAUAUCUGUGGAGGGGACUUACGCUAUUACUCAUCCUUACGGAACUAAAAUCCUUCGGUCACUGACUUUCAAAACAUCAAAAGGGAGAACCUCUGGAGUUAUUGGGAAACCGACUGGCUCAUUCUUGCUACAGAGCGAAGGUAACGCUAUUGUUGGAUUCCAUGGAAGACAUGGUGGAAGUCUUGAUGGUAUCGGCGCAUAUUACACUCCGCUGAAUUCUUCUCCUCUGGAGAAAAAAGAGGCACAAGGUGGUAAGGGAGGGAAUCAUUGGGAUGAUGGAUUCGGUUAUGAGAGUGUAACAAAGAUACAUGUACGAGGUGGUCUUAAAGGCAUUCAGCUUAUUAAGUUUGAAUAUGCCAAGGAAGGAAAAACAAUUGUUGGACCAACCCAUGGUGUCGCUAGUCGUGGUUUUACACAAACGUUUGAGAUUAACCAUUCGGACGAGGAAUAUCUGCUAUCUGUUGAUGGUUACUACGAUGAAUCCACGGGUGUGAUUCAGUCAAUCCAGUUUACAACUAACAAGAACAUUUCUGAAAUGAUGGGGUUCCAUGAUGGUACCGCGUUUUCCCUGAGGGCAACUGGGAAGAAGAUCAUUGGGUUUCAUGGAUUUUCUGAGAAGAAUCUCAACUCUCUUGGAGCAUAUUUUAUCAAACAUCCUCGAAUCAUAUCGGAAAUCGGAGGUGCUAAAACAACAGGAAAUGUUUUUGAUGAUGGUGGUGACUAUGAUGGCAUAACAAAAGUGUACGUCAGAUAUGAUAACAGUGUAAUUAGGCAAAUCAAGAUUGACUAUGUCAAAGCGGGUAAAGUUGAAUCUCGUGAAUAUGGGAACAACACCGAAAAACAUAAUGAGAUGCAGUUUAAAGUCGAUUAUCCUUCUGAGUAUAUCACAUCCGUGGAGGGGACAUACGCACUUACUAAUCCUUACCAAAGUGACAUCAUUCGGUCAUUGACUUUCAAAACAUCAAAAGGGAGAACCUCUGGAGUUAUGGGGAAACCGACUGGUUCAUUCAUGCUGCAUAGUGAAGGCAAUGCUAUUGUUGGAUUCCAUGGAAGAUGUGGUGGAAGUGUUGAUGGUAUUGGUGUAUAUUACUCUUCAUUGGCUUGA